AUGACUUAUUUUGUGAUUUUUUUAGGAGUUUGUUUCAUGUUGGGGACUUUGGCUGUAGCGUCUAAUCCUUCGCCGUAUUAUGGGGUGGUGGGGUUGGUGUUAGCGUCUGUGGUAGGGUGUGGGUGGUUGGUGAAUUUAGGGGUUUCUUUUGUUUCUUUGGUGUUGUUUAUGAUUUAUUUAGGGGGGAUGUUGGUGGUUUUUGUGUAUUCUGUUUCUUUAGCUGCGGAUCCGUACCCAGAGGCUUGGGGAAGUUGACGGGUGAUGGGGUAUGGGUUAGGUUUUGUUUUGGUAGUUUGUAUGGGAAUGGGUUUAGGGGGGUUUGUUGAUUUUUGAAAGAUUGGUGUGACUACAGUUGAUAGUGGGGGGAUGUCUUUUGUUCGGUUGGAUUUUGGUGGGGUAGCAGCGUUUUAUUCAUAUGGGGUGGGGUUGUUUUUGGUAGCUGGGUGGGGUUUGUUGUUGGUUUUGUUUGUUGUGUUGGAGCUUGUGCGCGGGUUAUCUCGGGGUGCGAUUCGGGCAGUUAGG